GCGUGCCACGUCAGCGCGUCCGUGUGACGCGCCCGUCGCGCGCGUUGGACGUCGCAGGCCCGGCGCCGUCCGGUUUCCAUGGGAACGGGCCGCCGCGCGCUCCUCGCUCCGCGGGGCGUCCCCGGGCGGGCGAUGCGCGAGGCGGGAUUGGUGACGCGCGGCCGGUUACCGCGGCAACGGGGCGGCGUCGCCAUGGCGGCGGCCGGGGGCGCGGGGCGCGCGGCGGGCGGGCCAUCGUCGCCGCGCCGUAACGGCUCGUCCUCUCCGCCCGGGGCGGCCCGGGUGUCCCGGGGGGAGCGGGCCAAGGCCGGCGCGGCGCUAUGGGAGGCGCGGCUGGCGGUGACCGAGGCGUCCCGGGCCGAGUACCGCGAAGCCGCCCGUCUGAUGGCCCAGAGCAACGCGGAGCUGCUGUGGCGGCAGCAGCACCUGGAGAGGGAGACCAUGGCCGUGAUGAGCUUCCUCAGGAAGCAGGACCAGGAGAAGGCGGAGGAGACUGAGAAACUGAAGCAGCAGCUGAUUGAUUUGAAACAGCAAGCGCAAGAAGAGAACAAGAAACUGGCAGACCAAUACACCCAACAAGUAAAAGAACUGGAGGAGAAAUUUCAGAAAAAAAUCAGAGAAAUUGGCCUAAUUCAGUUAGAACUGAGUUUAAUAAAAGAGUUCCGCAGGAAAAAAGCGGUUAUGGAGAAAGAGCUGGAAGAUUUAAAAGAGAGAAUGGAGACCUCAAACAAGAGACAUGAGGAAGUGGUUGUGAGACUGGAGAAGAGGUUCUUUGAAGAAAAGAAAAGACUAGAAAAAGAUGCUGAGAAGAAAGUAAUAAUGAUGACAGAGACUGCCCAUCGUGAGGCUGUUUUGCAGUUGAACAGCACUGGGAGAGAGGUGUUUAAGGAGAAUGUUCAUCUUCAUGAUGCUUUCACUUGCCACUUGAAAGAGGCAACAGAAUUGCAAAAAAUCAAGCAGAAGUUAGAGGAGGACAAAACUCUUCUGUUACAGGAGAAGGAAACCAAUGAGGGUUUGAUUCGGGAAAAGAUCCUACAGAUCAAUCAGCAGAAAGCACAGAUUGGAGAUCUGCAGCAUAAAGUGGAAAAGCUAGAGAUGGCCUUAUGUCACAUGACCAGAGAAUUUGAGACAGAGACUCAGAGAACACAGCAUCAGGCACUGAUACAAAAUGAGGCAGGCAUGAUGGAGGUCAAAAAAUUGCAGCAACUUCUAGAAAUGAAGGAUCGUGAGAUGAACCGAGUGAAGAAACUAGCCCGGAACAUCCUAGAUGAGAGGACUGAGGUGGAAAGGUUCUUCCUAGAUGCUCUGGAACACGUGAAGCAGGAGAUCAUAGCCAGCAGGAAGCACUACAAGGAAAAGGCCCAAACUGCCUAUUACAGAAAAAUGAUGGAUGCAUGUGCAGGGAAGGAAGAAUUUCCCAAAAUCAAAACAUUCAAAAGCAACAUAAACAGCACAAAUAGUGUAUACAAAGACCUAGAAGAAGCAGAGAAAUGCAACUGGGAAAAAAUCCAGUUUGAAAAAGUUGAUAUCAGUGAGUUGACAUGGGAACAAAAAGAACGUGUUCUAAGAUUACUUUUUGCCAAAAUGAAUGGUACAAAUCUAUGGAAAUACAGCAAAGAUUUGGCCACUUCAGCUCCAGCUCCCACUGAUACUAGAGAAGAAAACAGAGUUGGCACAGAAAAUAUUCCUCCCAGCCUAACAUUCAUUACACAGCAGGCUGAAUUAUCAGAGUCAUCAUCAUCUGCACUAAUCCUUCCACAUAUUCGGAUGUUCACACCAAAGACUAAGGCAGCUGUACAUUUUGAAUGAACAAGACCAACAGCCACUGCAAUUACUCUCAUUGGCACUUUUCAUUUGUGAAGUCAUCUUGUGAGCGAUGCUGCAAUUCUAAAUCCCGAGUCUGCUACAUUGCUGCUUUGACUACUCGUUUGAAAUUAGCCUGAAAUAUGACUUAAGUAUUUUCUUCCUUCUUAAACAAAAAUUUUAUUCUUUCCCAAGGCAGGAGCUAGGAUGACCCUGUAUACAAUCUAGAAUUUGGAUUACUGGUUAGAACUCUCUAUAAUAUAAUUUGAUGAAGAUAUCUUUUCACUUUGUAAUAAAGUCAUUUAUAUGCAGCAUAA